UAUAUAUAUAUAUAUAUAUCUCAAUUCAACUGGACUGGAUAUAACACUCGUUAGAUUGCUGCAGCUGGAUGGCAGAUGGGCUGCGGUGCAGCAUUCGUAACUUUUCCACGUGCCCUGGCAAUCUCUGGACCCUGGUUUUGUAACUCGUUUCCUCUUUUUUUCUUUGCUGUUGCUUUUUUUUCAAGAAAAAAAGUGGAGAUAUGGUGGCAAGCUAAUCGCUCUUAAAAUCAAUCUGGGGGAAAAAUGCAGAAAACGGUGAGAUAUAAUGAAGGGCAUGCUUUGUAUCUGUCAGUCGUUGCGCGUAAAGAGGGGACCAAACGGGGCUACCUGAGCAAAAAAACUGCCGAAAACAGCAGGUGGCACGAAAAGUGGUUCGCCCUCUACCAGAAUGUCCUCUUUUACUUCGAAAACGACCAGAGCACCAGACCUUCUGGGAUCUAUCUGUUAGAGGGGAGCACCUGCGAGACAGUCCCUGCGCCAAAAGUGUCAGCGGUGGGCAAAGACACUCUGGAUAAACAGUAUUACUUCAUCAUUGUCUUCGGCCACGAUGGACAGAAGCCUCUGGAGCUGCGUACGGAGGAGGAGACGGACUGUGACGAGUGGGUUGAAGGAAUCCAACAAGCAAGCUACUCCGACAUUAUAAUUGAACGGGAGGUGCUGAUGCAGAAGUACAUCCACCUGGUGCAGAUCGUGGAGACGGAGAAGAUUGCAGCAAACCAGCUGCGGCACCAGCUUGAGGACCAGGACACCGAGAUCGAGAGGCUGAAAGCAGAGAUCAUCGCCCUCAAUAAAACAAAGGAACGGAUGCGCCCCUACCAAGGAAAUCAAGAAGAUGAAGAUCCAGAUAUUAAGAAGAUUAAAAAGGUCCAGAGCUUCAUGAGAGGCUGGCUGUGCAGGAGGAAGUGGAAGACGAUCGUCCAGGACUACAUCUGUUCCCCCCACGCCGAGAGCAUGAGGAAGAGGAACCAGAUCGUCUUCAACAUGGUGGAGGCGGAGACGGAGUAUGUGCACCAGCUCUACAUCCUGGUCAACUGCUUCCUGCGGCCCCUCCGAAUGGCAGCCAGCUCCAAGAAGCCGCCCAUCUGCCACGACGAUGUCAGCAGCAUCUUCCUCAACAGUGAGACGAUAAUGUUUCUACAUGAAAUAUUUCACCAAGGACUGAAGGCAAGGAUCGCUAAUUGGCCUACGUUAAUUUUAGCUGACCUGUUUGACAUUUUACUGCCAAUGUUGAACAUCUACCAAGAGUUUGUGCGCAACCACCAGUACAGCCUCCAAGUCCUGGCCAACUGUAAGCAGAACCGAGACUUCGACAAGCUGCUGAAGCAGUACGAGACCAACGCUGCGUGCGAGGGGAGGAUGCUGGAGACCUUCCUCACCUACCCCAUGUUCCAGAUACCCCGGUACAUUAUCACUCUUCAUGAGCUCCUCGCCCACACCCCACACGAGCACGUGGAGCGCAAGAGCUUGGAAUUCGCCAAGUCCAAACUGGAGGACCUGUCCAGGGUAAUGCACGAUGAAGUGAGUGACACUGAGAACAUCCGGAAGAACCUUGCCAUCGAGAGGAUGAUCGUGGAGGGCUGUGAUAUACUGCUAGACACCAGCCAAACGUUUGUACGGCAAGGUUCUCUCAUCCAGCUCCCCUCAGUGGAGAGAGGCAAGCUCAGCAAGGUGCGGCUGGGCUCCCUGUCCCUGUCCCUGAAGAAGGAAGGGGAGAGGCAGUGCUUCCUGUUCACAAAGCACUGCCUGAUUUGCACCAGGAGUUCAGGAGGGAAGCUGCACCUGCUUAAGCAAGGUGGAGUGCUGUCUCUGAUUGACUGUACUCUAAUUGAAGAGCCUGAUGCAAGUGAUGAUGAUGCAAAAGGUACUGGCCAAGUCUUUGGGCAUCUAGAUUUUAAGAUUGUGGUGGAGCCCACAGACACCCCCUCGUUUACAGUUGUCCUGUUGGCUCCUUCACGACAGGAGAAAGCAGCGUGGACUAGCGACAUCAGCCAGUGCAUUGACAACAUACGCUGCAAUGGCUUGAUGACCAGCGUGUUUGAAGAAAACUCCAAAGUCACUGUGCCUCACAUGAUCAAAUCCGAUGCUCGUCUCCAUAAAGACGAUGUUGACAUUUGCUUCAGCAAGACGCUCAACUCCUGCAAGGUUCCUCAAAUCCGCUAUGCCAGCGUGGAGAGGCUGCUGGAGAGGCUGACAGACCUGCGCUUCCUUUCCAUCGACUUCCUCAACACCUUCCUGCACACCUACCGCAUCUUCACCACGGCCGCCGUUGUCAUGGAGAAGCUGGCAGAUAUCUACAAGAAGCCCUUCACCUCCAUCCCCAUCAGAGGACACUGCCGCUCAUCUGACCGAUUGUCUGUAACAUCCAUCUGCCCAGACCAUAGCUUGAAGAUUGCAAGGCUUUCCCGGGAUCAGUCAAAAUCCCUGGAAUUAUUCUUCGCCACAAACCAGAACAGCCGAGGCGAGCACCUGAACGACGUCAAAUCCCCUGGCCUGUCCCGGAAAGUCUCUUCCCCUCCUCCCCUCUCCAUCUCCCGGACCUCUUCCCCCGUGAGGACCAGGAAGCUCUCUCUCAAUUCCCCAGUGAACUUCAAGGUGGGGGCUCUGGACUUGUCCACCUCUUCUACAGCCAGCAGCCCCACCUCCACCUACAACUCGGCCACAUCGCCCCCACCUGUCCCUGCCAAGGCCCCUCUGGACCUCAGCCGAGCGCCUUCCUCUCCGGAGCAGAGUCCCGGGGCCGUAGAGGAGAGCCCAGAGUUGCCCCGCAUUGACCUGUGCGGGAAGUUGAGGAGGAGCAUACGGAGAGCAGCUGUGUUGGAGUCGGUGUCCCUGGAUAAGUUCAUCCCCGAGAGCCCCCAGGCGAGUGAGGCUGGAGACAUCUCCCCCUGCAGGUCCCCCUCCACCCCGCGACACGUCCGCUACCGGCAGUCAGGGGUCCAAUCAGCUGAAAAUGUCCGCUGUUCUGUGUCCCCUGCUUCAGCGUUUGCCAUCGCCACGGCAGCGGCAGGCCACGGGAGCCCGCCAGGGUUUAACAACGCAGAGCGAAUGUGUGACAAAGACUUCAUAAUCCGCAGAGCUGCUACCAACCGAGUUCUGAACGUUCUUCGGCACUGGGUCUCCAAGCAUUCCCAGGACUUUGAGAUGAACGGGGAGUUGAAAAUGGGGGUGAUCUGCCUGCUGGAGGAGGUGUUACGAGACCCAGAUCUACUACCACAAGAAAGGAAAGCAACUGCUAAUAUAUUAACUACCCUUUCUCUAGAUGACCAGGACGAUGCUCAAUUAAGGAUAGAAGACAUUCUUCAAAUGGAACAGGCAUGCUACCCUUCUCUAUACUUCAUCAUGGCAGAAUGCCCCACAGUGGAAUGUUUCGAGAGUCUUUCAGCCAUGGAGCUUGCAGAGCAGAUCACCCUACUGGAUCACAUUGUUUUCCGUAGCAUCCCCUAUGAGGAGUUUCUUGGCCAAGGGUGGAUGAAGGUGGACAAGAAUGAACGAACCCCCUACAUCAUGAAAACCAGCCAGCACUUCAAUGACAUGAGUAACCUCGUUGCCUCUCAGAUCAUGACGCACACGGACGUCGGCUCCCGGGCCAACUCCAUCGAGAAGUGGGUGGCAGUGGCCGAUAUCUGCAGGUGUCUGCACAACUACAACGGGGUACUGGAAAUCACCUCGGCGCUCAACCGCAGUGCCAUCUACAGGCUCAAGAAGACAUGGGCCAAGGUGUCCAAGCAGACAAAAGCACUUAUGGACAAACUUCAGAAGACUGUGUCAUCCGAAGGAAGAUUUAAAAACCUUCGAGAAACGCUUAAAAACUGUAACCCCCCCACCGUUCCCUACCUGGGAAUGUAUUUAACAGACCUAGCAUUUAUAGAAGAAGGGACCCCUAACUUCACUGAGGAGGGCCUUGUAAACUUUUCCAAGAUGAGAAUGAUAUCUCAUAUCAUUAGGGAGAUACGUCAGUUCCAGCAGACGCCCUACAGGAUAGAAAACCAACCAAAGGUCACUCAGUACUUACUUGACAAAACCCUCAUCAUGGAUGAAGACACCCUUUACGAUCUCUCCUUAAAGAUUGAGCCGCGGCUUCCAGCGUGAGUGCCAGCCUUCUCCUCGGAGCAUCCGACUGGGAGAACGAUAGCGCUGGGUGCAGAACGGGGCAUGCCAAGCCCUUCGGAUUGCAAGGGAGGGAAGAAAGAGGAGAGAGCGAAAUAGAGAGAGAGAGAGACAGGAAUCCUUUCUGACGAGACGCACAGAAAGAUCCCCUCAUUGAAGAUGGUGGUGGGGAUUGAGGUGGAAACGCGAGAACUGCAUGUCUGGGAACGUGGUUCAGUUUCCGGGUUUGUACUUCAUUGAAGAAAACGCUAACUCAAUGCAUUGGUUUGUUUCAAAUGAAUGUGACUGUUAGUGUAAAAGAAAGAUUUACAACUGGUCCAUCACGUGCAGUAGAGAGAGGAAAUGUAGCUUUCUGCGUGUUCAAACACAGACCAAUCAGCUCGAUGCAGAACAAUGCAGUCUUGCACACACGUCAUUCCAUCUUCUGGUUGACCCUUGCAUCGUCACACAGGUAUAUCGUGUUUGUAAUUUGGUUCAAGCUGUGGUUUUCAGUGAGGGCUUUCUAAAGCUGUGUUCUUAACAAGUAUUUAUUUCAUGCUCCGAUUCCUCUUGCACUUAUAUUUUCAGUCUCUCAUAGUCUGCAUAGACUAUCAGAAACAGACCUCAAUGGGUUAAAAGAAAGCAUAACAAAACUGCAUUUGCUGUUACUGUUAUUCUUGUUUCCCAUCCCAAAUCUUUGGCUUUCUUUGCCCAGUUGCCCCAUCUGAAUAUUUCUUAUACUGUACAAGAAAUAGAGGUCCACAUUGUAAAAUUACAUUGACAAAAAGCGGCAGCCAAGUUCAUGUUAGGUUAGUUAGCUGCCUUGCAAUGCAACCAAGUGGUGUAAACAUUUUUUUCCCAGAUAAGAUAGCAUUGUUGUUUUGUUUUUUUUAAGAAAUUAAGUCAAGUAAUUUAACCUUUCAGCUAAUGCAUUUAUAACUGAUCUAGAUCUGCAUGAGUUUAUUGUUGGUUUAGUUGAGAAUAGUUGUUGUUUAUUGUUCUUGAUCACGAUGUUAUAGAAGUUUGAAGGAAUAAUUUAAAACUCUGAAUUUGUAUAAUAUUUGAUAUUUAUUUAUCCCAUGAUAUGUAAUGUGUUCUUAAUCAUAAUGUAUUACUAUUUAUGUGCAAGCCAGAGCAAAGUGGAAUUUCUGUAAUGAGGCCAGUGUAAAAUCUCAAAUUUAUAAAAGGGGAAAAACUAGUCUAGGUUCAUCAACAAUAACUCCAUACAGCUUCAUACGAACAGUCUUCAGUUUAACUACGACUUAUAUCUUCUUAAAUUCUUGUGCAGUUACAUCUCUCCUACUUCUUAUGUAUGUCUGUAUUUCUGACUCUGUAUGACUUUUAAAGUCUAUAAUAUAGCUACAUUAUUCAGAUGUGCCUACAACCAGCUGUACUGUAUUUGCUCUAGCUACAAACUAACUGUGUCAUCUGUCCCUCUGUCUUUUUUUAUUUUUAUUUUUUUACCGUUUUGCAAAACAAUACGGUAUUAUAAACCGCAAUUUACAAUCUGACUUGAUCAGAAGGGUCUCCUUCUUGCUGCAGACAAGUCUCCCACAUCACCUUGCCUAUUAUAUAGCCUACUGUCUGACUGCGGCAAAUUAAUGCCUGCUUUUCAGAGUUCUUAAAAUAAUCACGCAAAUACGAGGCCCGCAAUUACUGGUAGCUUUUUAAACUGCCUUAUUACAGAAAUUCCAUCUUACUCUGGUUUGCUCAGAGACAGUCCCAAAGCUAAAAUAUAUUGGUGGCUUUAUUAAUUAUGCAAAUAUCUGUGAGUGCAGAAACAGUAAGACAUGGUGAUUAAGAGCAUAUAAUAAAUAUAUAACAAAUAUUAAGCAGAUUAAGAGAGUUAAAGUGAAGUAUUCCUCAAAGCAACAGAAGUGUCAAUCUCAUAGUCUGGCUGUCUCUACCUACUACAGACAACCGCAAAAACAGUUUACAUGUGGAACAGCGGCAUUCAGCCAACACAACAUCCCCCUGGUGGUGCUUCACAGGUAGAGAUCAGAGGAAAACAAUUGCUAUAUAGUAUCCAGUACUACUGACAUUUUCAAAUCCUGCCCUUUGCUAAAUGUUAAGAUGCCACACAACCCUAGGCUUCCUGACCAUGAAUGAAAAUGUGGAGGCAUUUGAGCAGCCCUGCUACGUGCAAGGAAACUAGAACAGAGGAAUAUAAAACCAGAGAAUACAAUGCAAAACCAAACAGGACCAUUGGGCACAUUGCAUUCAUCACAGUGAUACUAACACGUUUCUUCCAGGGGCGAUCUGUGUUUAAGAAUACGUUGGUCUUGGAGAGGGCACAUUAAUAAGGAAAUACACAGCUUUGCUUACUAAAUGCUGUUCAGUCUAACAAGUUGGAAUGAUCUGUUCGUUUUCAACUGCUAUCAACACUACUAAUAACUGCACAACAACGGUUGCUUAAUAUACAAUAGAGUGCAUGGCCAAUGCUUGCUUAGCAUGCAGUGUAUAAAUAAACACAUCAGUAAAUACCUACUGGUUCUAACACAAUGCACUCCAAACAGUAACCCAUUAACCAGCCCCCUGGAAAUGUGUAGAAUUGUUCUGGGUGCUGUCUGAGCCCCAGGGAAGGAGAGGUGCUCUCAGGUGUUAACGAGGUACAGCUACAAUAGAAAACAAUCCCACAUGUUUAAACGUUCUUGCUGUCUACGGACGAGCACUAGAGCUUCAAGAUUACCAACGCUGAAACUGCGGCUCGUUUUUUCUUUUUGUGAGAAAUGAAACAUGUUUAUGAAGGGCUUUUUAAGACAUUGGUCGCAUAUUACUUUUGUCGUCGUAGACCCGUACUGUAACUUUAAUUAAAUGUACUUUUGCAUAAACCCCUUUCUGUUCUGACAAGUGAAACUAUGCACAAGUAAGACAUUCUACACACACCUUUUGUGGUGUCUAGUUAACUCAUAGACUAGUGGAACUUUGUGUAUGAUGCAGUAAGAUGCUGCUGCAGCACUGAUGUGUAUCAGCCCAGUGUAGAAGAGCAGCAUUGCACACUACACAAACUUCCACUGCUGUGGGCCACAGGAGGGGAGAACAUAAGCUUAUACCAGCAGGAGUCAGUAUGAACCCUGGACUGCCAACAAACUCUGGUUUGAUGGCCGCAUGGUCGGAGCUGGUACAUAGGGGAGCGAUUAGCUUGCUAAUGCAUUUCAAACCUUGUCAUCACUAGCAUUGUAAUAGCAAUCCUUCAGUUGGUGGCCCGUGUAAUGACUGGAGUACUGUACCUGCAGUUUCUAGCGAGGGGAGGAGGCCAGCACUCAUAGCUACAGAGUUACAGUAAUGUUCUGUACGGCUUCAAGUCCGGGAACUGUUAUGAACAGAGGACACAGCAAAACAAUAUUGCAGUGGACACUACCCUUGUAUUUCUGAUAAAACUUUCCGCACUGGCUGACCCUACUCCCACCACAAGAGGGCAGUGUUUGCUUGCAAAGUACAGAGGUUGCACUCUUCAGCCUGCAGGCUUCCUCCUCUUCUGCUGUUUCACUCUGAUGUUACUCUUUGACCGCAGUGAUAACUGUGUGCACCCGACACAACCAUGACAAUUCUGCAACUGAAAAGGCUGUUAUAUAUAUAUAGAUUUUUUUUUAAUUGCCACCUUCUGUGUCUACACAAAGGCAGGGUCAUUCUAGCAGCUGUUCUCGGUUGUGCACUGCCAUUCUCUGUAUAGGUCUCAAAUGUUCCCCUAUGAGAUAUAUAUAUAAUAAACCAUUUUAAUGUAUAACAUGAUAUCUGGUACUGCACUUGAUUAAAGAAAUCUCUGUUUGCAAGCCAUGCUUUCAGAUAGUGUUGCACUUCCUUGGUCAUUUCACCUGGAGGGUGAAAUUGUCCCCACCCCUUUAAUGGCUUCUUUCCUGUCAUUACCAAUCAACAUGCUUAGUGAAACUAAGAACUUUCUUUAAAAAUACAUUUUAAAACAGAUUUCUUUCAGAAGGGCACAUUUGAGACCUGUGUAGCUAACGGCAGGGCAAAACAGGUGAGAUUCAAGGAGCUUUAUUUUGUUGCUACAGUCACUUUAAGUGUCACUGCAUGUAAAGCUUGUCAGGUUUCUCUCGGCUGUUUAAAGAAGUCAAGCUUCAAAACCGCCCUUCUCUCCAUAUGCUAUUUGAAUCCCUCAAGAGACAGAAUAAACUCGAUUGCAGCUUCCAUUUCAUAAUCUUUACUCUGCAACAGUAAUAUUGACUCAGACCCAGCAAGCAAGCAACCAACUUAAAGCAGGUACAGUAUAUCUAAUUACAUGAAUCCAUGUCAGCUGUCAGAGAUAUCCAUACAGAGCUCACAUGUGUUUGGAAAGAAACACAAACUUAGAUUUUGUACAUCUGGUACCAUAAUAUAUUUCAUUGAUUUCAAAUAUUUAGCCUAACCAGUGGCAUGCUUUGAGCCUGAAGACACCUGACCCAUAGUAGGUAGUGUAAGUAUAACAGACUACAUGACAGGAAUGCAUGCAAACCGAGAGCUUCGUUUAACCUAGAAUAGAUCCAGACAUUGAUUUUAGUGUCAGUCUGUCACAUUCUACGUCAUGAAUAGGACAACUGCCUUGAUUUUGCACCAGUCUCUACAAGGCUUGUUUAUCAUACACAUCUUGCUUCCUACAGACGCGUCACAUUGAAUCUGUCUGUAAUCCGAUAAACUUUAGAUUUUAGACAGAAAUAGGCAUGCACUGAUUUAAAUGAAUACAGGUCUGCUAGAACAUGCCUCUUUCCAAACUGCAUGAGAGAUCUGCAUAGCGAAUGGAAGAGCAUGUCAGUUAACAUGCAUACUAUUAUUUUAUUAUCUGUAACCAUUUUAAUAAGACAAAAGCAGUGCACACAAACCAAGGAACGGGGAAGUACUGAAAACUAUUAACCUCUGCUUGUAUGAAUAGGGUUAAGUGUUUUAGUAUUUAUUUUAGCAGAUAUUUAUUUCAUCCUUUUUUGUAUAUAGCCAGUCCUAAAACAUGUCUUUCAGCAGGUUUGUUAUUUAAUUUUUUUGAAAUGUGAAACUUUACGUUCCUUAAUUAUUAGUAGUAUUUUUGUUCGAAGUGCGUUUAUGGUAGAUUUUAGUGUGAAACAUUGCAAAGAAAAAAUAUGUAGCAGAUUCAGUAAAAAAAUGAAUUGAGUAAAUGAACAGCUAGAUAGUGCGCUGCGUUAACUGAGAAGUGCACAGCCCAGCAUGUUGAGCAUGUCAGUGACUGAAACUCCUCAAGUGGGCAUUUGCUUUGUAUAGGAAUGUAGAAAAUCUUGUUUUUUUGCCCACUUACUACAAACACAUGUUGUACAGCUACUCUGAUUCCAUGCCUAUAUGUAAAAUAAAAGUCUUCUUUUAAGUGA